AUGGCGCACGGCACAUGCGGACGUCUGACGCGUUGCUUCCCGGCGCUUCUCCCGGCGGUUCUCUCGGCGCUUCUCCCGGCGCUUCUCCCGGCGCUUCUCCCGGCGCUUCUCACGGCGGUUCUCCCGGCGCUUCUCUCUUUCCAAGAAGCUUUCAAGGAAGAACCGGCGGGGAUGUGGGAGCGAGGGGGGCAGGGGGUGGCGGAGAGGGUGGUGAAGGGCAGCCCCCGCCUGGAUACCCUCUUCCGCCGCCCCCUCUCGCUUCCUACUGACCCGUCCGGAGUCAACGUCAACUUUCCAACACGGCGGGAGAGGGAGCUCAUGGCGACGGCGGGUCUCGCGGGUGUAUGGCGCGUUGGCGCGGUGCGACGCACGGCGCACGGCGGAUCAGAGCGACUUCUAUGUUGGGAGAGGGAGCUCAUGGCGACGGCGGGUCUCGCGGGCGUUUGGCGUGUCCCGCGGAUGUAUGCCGCGACGGCGCGGCGUUUCGGCGGAAAUCACGAGCGCGUUGGCGCGGUUUAUGGUGCGGCGCACGGCGAAUGGCGGAUCAGAGGCGACUACGUUGUUUCCAACACGGCGGGAGAGGGAGCUCACGGCGCCGGCGGGCCUCACGGACGUUUGGCGUGUCCCACGGAUGAAUGGCGCGACGGCGCGGCGUUUCGGAGGGAUUCGCGGGCGUUUGGCGCGCACGGCACACGGCGGAUCAGCGGCGAUUAUAUGGUGGUGACGAUUCCCUCUUCCUCCUUCUCCGUCAUUUUUCAUGGCGCCGCCGGGUCUCGCGGCCGUAUGGCGCGAACGACGCGGCGUUUGGCGGAUAUCACGGGCGUAUGGCGCGUUGGUGCGGUGUAUGGUGCGGCGCACGCCGGCGCAUGGCGGAUCAGAGGCGACUCAGUUGUUUCCAAGAUACGAUCCGCGUUUGGCGGAAAUCGUGGGUGUAUGGCGCGUCGGCGGGGCGUCUCGCGGGAAUCACUGGCGCGUGGCACGACGGCACGGUGUCAGAAGCUUUUCAAGGAAGAACCGGCAGGGUUGUGGGAGCGAGGGGGGCAGGGGGUGGCGGAGAGGGUGGUGAAGGGCAGCCCCCGCCUGGAUACCCUCUUCCGCCGCCCCCUCUCGCUUCCCACUGACCCGUCCGGCGUCAACGUCAACAGAGGCUGGAGCGAGCGCGGUGCGGUAGUGCGACGGCGCGGCGUGUCGGCGGGAAUCGCGGGUGUAUGGCGCGUUGGCGCGGUGCGGCGUACGGCGCACGGCGGAUCAGAGGCGAGCGCGGAGAUAGGAGUGAGCAUGGUGUUGACUUGA